GGACCAACAAGCAAAAUUAAAAUCUUAUCUUUACCCCAAUUUAACUCCACGCUCACACCAAUUUCCUCCCCCCAAAAAAACAACAUUUUUCACCAAAUUGAAAAAAAUGGAGCAACCCCAAUUCCCAAACUCCUCAACUUCUUCCCAAUCAAUGCAAUCAUCACCACCACCUUCAACCACCAACAACAACAAACAGAAGGUAAAGCUUCCAACACCAACAGAGCUAAUUACUCAUUACGAAUCCCAAGGUAUGAACUCUCAUGAAGCUUCCAUUAAAGUGAUUGAUGACCUUCAACACAUGCUUUUUAAGGUUAUUACUUCUGGAAGAGGUAAAAAAGAUAAAUUUAUGGGUGAAUCUUCUAGAAAACUUGAUACUGCUAAUACCCGUCUUGCUAUUAUUGAAAUGAAGCUUGAUUCUAAACCUGGUUACCCUCAAAGUCUUGCUAUUGGUGUUGCUUCUGCUGCUACUUUUACUGCCAUUUCUGCUAUUUCGCCUCAUCUUACUGCUGCUAUCUCUAGUCUUUGGACCUCUGUUAAGGGUUCUACCAAUACCUAGAAAUUAGAAUGUAUGUCCAUUUAAUUUUUGUUGGUGUUUGAGAACAACAAAUAGACGGGAUUUGAUUUCAGGUCUUGGGUAUUACUAUCGAGAGACUUUACCAACUAAACUAGAUUGUAUUCAAAAAUUACAUCCUUUUCUGAUUUGUGGGUGUUUGAUUUUUGUAAUGUUGUUGGUAUUGGUUAUUGUUAGAGUAUUGAAAAAUGAGAAUGGAGGAUUUAUGAAUA